CACUCAUCUCGACCAAGAUGGCUUCCAGAAGGUUGUUCCAUAUCGCACGAGGAUUGUAUGGCCUGCGAUCAGUGCAGCCAUCCCGUCCGGCCGAACUUGUUAGAGCGUACUGCUCAGCAUCAAAAACAUUUGAAAUGAUCAAGGCAGAGAAAAGGGGUGAAAAACAAAACGUUGGCUUUAUCCAGCUCAACCGACCCAAGGCAUUAAAUGCACUCUGUGAUCAGCUGAUGUCAGAGUUGCAGGAUGCCCUUGAUGACUUUGAAACUGACAAGAAUGUUGGUGCCAUUGUUAUCACAGGAAGUGAGAAAGCGUUUGCUGCUGGAGCGGAUAUUAAGGAAAUGCAGAAUUUAACAUAUCAGAAGUGCUUGUUGGGGGAUUUCCUCGCUCACUGGACUCGAGUGGCUCGUUGUAAGAAGCCCGUCAUUGCUGCAGUCAAUGGAUUUGCGCUUGGAGGAGGAUGUGAACUAGCCAUGAUGUGUGAUAUCAUUUAUGCUGGAAACAAAGCUAAGUUUGGUCAACCAGAGAUUUUGCUUGGAACUAUUCCAGGUGCUGGUGGUACACAGCGACUUCCAAGAGCUGUUGGGAAGUCUCUGGCUAUGGAAAUGAUACUCACAGGAGAUCCUAUUUCAGCAGAAGAUGCACAGAAAUCAGGCCUGGUUAGUAAAGUCUUCCCCGCAGAAGAGCUCGUAGAUGAAGCUAUCAAGACAGCUGCAAAAAUAUCAUCCUUGUCGAAGAUUGCCGUACAGAUCGCCAAAGAAGCUGUCAACACAGGCUACGAGAUGUCACUGGCAGAAGGACUGCAUUUUGAGAAAAGAAUGUUUCACUCAACAUUUUCAACAGACGAUCGAAAGGAAGGGAUGACAGCUUUUGUAGAGAAACGAAAAGCCGAAUUCACGGACAAUUAGUAUCUGUUAUUUUUCGGAAAGUCGUAGCUUUCGAGAACUUUGGAUUGUUGUGUGGGAUUGUUAGAGCAGGUGAAAGAAUAAUGAAAGCUUAUAUAAAAUUGUGUGAAGGGCAAUGAAAACACUCAGCAUGAAUUUUCACCAAAAAAAAAAAAACUUUACUGGCGAAAUUGAUAGAAAAAAUAAAAUAAAUAAAGUAAAAUCAUAGUCAUUUUUCGUUCGUUCGCUCAUCUGUUGAACGGAUACCGUGGGGUAUACAUUGGAACUGGGGCGAGUAUAGAUUUAAGUUCUGCACAGUUCGAUAUGUUAAUAAGACUCGAGUCAGGAAAACUAACUGACGCCCCAGAUGACGGCUCUUCAGUAAACUUUCUGGAAAAUUAAUCCAAGACAAACCUAGUUUUCGACUUGUUUCCUCUCUGUUCAAUUUCCUUUCGUUUUGAAUCAAAUUCUUGGAAGAAAUGGAUUUUAUUUGCUGUAAGGCACCUUGUUUAAAUUGCCUUAAGGUUCAAUGGCUAUAUGAUAAUUGUUUUUUCUUUUUCGGUCCAGGAGGUUUCCCAGCUAGCCUCGACCUUUUGUGCAGGGCAUGAUUUUCAUGGUUUUCGUGAAUUUUUUUGCGAAGUGCAAACUAAGCGUACUAUUACACUUUCUCUGGAAUGUUUGUAUUCACGCUUGACGCACGUGAUUCGACCAACUAGCCAAUCAUGUUUAGAUCCUUGAACUUAACGUUGAGGUUGGCGUGGUCAAUUUCCUUAGCACUAGUUCAACCUUUAAUUAAGAAAGCAGUUGUGAAAAUUUAAUCGUUAUGUACCUCUCAGCUCAAAUAGGUUUUCUGAUUGGAGGAGAACAAGUCGCGAGCCGUGAAUCAAACCAACUUUCUAGGGUGAACAAAAUUCACUAAGCCCCUUGGUAAACAACAACUUGAACUUUCGACUCUCACGGGAUAAGGUCGUGCACCGUGAAACUGCAGCUAAUGUGAGUGCCAGCAUGCGUAAAAAAAUAAUAUUUUAGCAGUCAUAACACUUUUGAAAAUUAAAAUCAAAGUGACUGGCCCCAUGGGAAACAGUGAGAAUUGCUUUCCUUUGACCCGCAAUGAAAACAAAACUCAUUGUUUCCCCUACAGUCAGUUAGUCGCUUAAUUUAUCAACCUUGCCAGGUGUCUGUAUUAGAAUUGUCUGGAAGCGAGAGUAAACAAUAUUAGCAGGGUAGCUAGAGUGCAAAAGAUGAGAAAAUAAUUAGAGCAUCGAAAGAAAUAUGUUUCUUAGCAUAUUGGCUUCGGUUAUCAGAUUUAACUAACACGGGUGCAAAACAGGAACACACAAAAACAUGUAUGGUACAACAGAUAUACCAACACAUUGUGAGUCAUAAAUGUACGAGUUAGAACGUGAGAAGGAAUCCUGUCAAUUUCAUCACUGAAGAAAACUUUUAACCUUGAAAUUACAUCCUGUGGUUCUUUCAGUUUUCAUUAGGCGAAUUUAGCUUUGUUUGAUGGGAAAAAGUUGCUCUGUAUCCUGAAUGCGACUAAUUGAGAAAAGAAAUCCGGAUAAUAAAAACAAUCCGAGUAAUCUAGGUUUGUUUCUAAUUAAAUGCCCCCACGCUUUACUCAAAUGUAAAGAAACGCUAACCCCAAGUCGUGAUCAGUACUUCGUGCAAAGUUGACUGAUGCAUAAUUUAUGUAUGGGUUCUUAAGCUGUUUCUAUUUUUUUCUUUUAAUCAUUGU